UUAUCUCCUGAUGAUCCUAUGGCUCCGCCAGCCAACACCGAUAACCUUGACUUGAACAAGCUUUCGCCACAGGAGUUGAAGCUCUACCGCUUAUACGGCAAGCUUCCAUCGAAGCAGUCUAUCCUCCAGUCUAAGUUGAAAGACAGAAAGUACUUUGACUCCGGUGACUAUGUGAUGCAAAAAGCUGGAAAGGCUGGCGCUGCCGAUAUCAACGGUGGCGUGGGCAACAAAUUGGUCAACUACGAUCAUAUCCAGCAGAUUAACCGCAACAACUCCAUC